AUGCCGUUGUUAGAAUCUUGUUGGUCACCAUGUAUCUGGUCCUCCAACGUCAAGGCUGGAAGCAAUGCAGUCGCUAUAUACACAGCAGCUAUGAGUAUAGUCCUGAUAACCUUUAUUGGAUAUCAAAUGGCUGGAGGAGAUUCCACUCAAAUUUGGAACCCAUUAUUUGAAGCUGAUGUUAGAGGAUCUCUCCAGGUCUUUGGUAUCAUAUUUAUUAUAAUACUAUUUGGCUUAUUUAUAUCAUCAAUUUUAAUGGUGAUUGGCAUGAAUAUCUGGAUGAGAGGGUUAAUGCUUCCCUGGAUGCUGACAAUGGGCCUGAUUAUCACUUUCCAAUGUGUCUUCAGCUUAUGGCUCAUUGGUGGAUAUUAUAUUUAUCUGGAGGCAACAUUUGCAGCUUUGCUUAACUUUCUCUGGUUAGGAUAUAAUAUCUACUGCUGGUUGUGCGUGUUUUCACAAUAUCAGGUUAUAUUAGAGAUGCAGUCACCAAAUAUUGAAAUUUUAGUGGAAUACUAA